GCGUCCCGCGGCCGCGUGGCAGCCGUCCUCUGUGCGGCCGCGGCGCGUGUGUGGAGCCGCGUCCCCGUGAGCCGAGCGGCUCAGCUGGGUGUCUGGGACGUGGGAGUCGCGAUCAGAUGCCUGGUGUACCCGGAAUAACAACAUGAUGAGUUCCAGUUGUACCCUAUUAAAGUCUUGUUAAAAGGCCUGUCACCCUGUGAGCUCUGUUCUCUGCUCGCUGCCUACACGAAUAAUGCAAAUUCCUUGAGAGGAAUGAAGCCUCUGCCUUGCUGAGCUGCUCAGCAAAUGACUACUCUUGUCGACUGCUUUGAAUAACUAUUAUCUUAACGAAAAUUUAGAUGUGUGUAAUGCAUCGUCUUGGAGAUGGUAGUGCUGCAAGUUUCCCGAAACUGUAUCGUACAGCUAUGUAGCUCGGGACAUAGCAAGAAUCUCAAGACAUGUGAAUAUUUAUUAAGGAGCUGCUUCUAUUUGUGAGGAUAUAGUGAAUGGACCUGAUUGGACAUUUUGCGUCCAUCAAUAAAGAUGAGCGGUACCAAGCCUGAUAUUUUGUGGGCACCACACCAGGUUGAUAGAUUUGUUGUAUGUGACUCAGAACUGAGCCUUUAUCAUGUGGAAUCGGCUAUGAAUUCAGAACUUAAAGCUGGAUCAUUACGUUUAUCUGAAGACUCUGCAGCUACAUUACUAUCAAUAAAUUCAGAUACACCCUAUAUGAAAUGUGUUGCAUGGUAUCUCAAUUAUGAUCCUGAAUGUCUCCUAGCAGUUGGACAAGCAAAUGGUCGAGUUGUACUUACAAGUCUUGGUCAAGAUCAUAAUUCUAAGUUUAAAGAUUUGAUAGGAAAAGAAUUUGUCCCAAAACAUGCUCGACAAUGCAAUACCCUUGCAUGGAAUCCACUGGAUAGUAACUGGCUUGCUGCUGGUCUGGACAAGCACAGAGCUGACUUUUCAGUUCUAAUAUGGGAUAUCUGCAGCAAAUAUACUCCUGAUAUUGUUCCCAUGGAAAAAGUGAGACUUUCAGCAGGUGAAGCUGAAACAACACUAUUAGUAACAAAACCACUGUAUGAGUUAGGACAAAAUGAUGCUUGUCUAUCUCUUUGUUGGCUUCCACGAGACCAGAAACUUCUCCUUGCUGGCAUGCAUCGUAACCUAGCCAUAUUUGAUCUUCGGAACACAAGCCAGAAGAUGUUUGUAAAUACAAAAGCUGUUCAAGGAGUGACAGUCGACCCAUACUUCCAUGAUCGUGUUGCUUCCUUCUAUGAAGGUCAGGUUGCAAUAUGGGAUCUUAGAAAAUUUGAGAAGCCAGUUUUGACUUUGACUGAGCAGCCAAAGCCCUUGACAAAAGUAGCAUGGUGUCCAACUAGGACAGGUCUGCUUGCUACUUUAACAAGGGAUAGUAAUAUUAUUAGGCUGUAUGAUAUGCAGCAUACACCUACGCCCAUUGGGGAUGAAACUGAACCCACAAUAAUUGAAAGAAGUGUGCAACCUUGUGACAAUUACAUUGCUUCCUUUGCAUGGCAUCCAACAAGUCAAAAUCGAAUGAUAGUUGUAACUCCCAACCGAACAAUGUCUGACUUCACUGUUUUUGAAAGGAUAUCUCUUGCCUGGAGCCCAAUUACAUCUUUAAUGUGGGCUUGUGGUCGUCAUUUGUAUGAAUGUGCAGAAGAAGAAAGUGAUAAUUCCUUAGAAAAAGAUAUAGCAACAAAAAUGCGCCUCCGGGCUUUAUCAAGGUAUGGACUUGAUACAGAGCAGGUAUGGAGAAACCACAUUUUAGCUGGAAAUGAAGACCCACAACUCAAGUCACUCUGGUAUACUCUGCACUUUAUGAAACAGUAUACAGAAGAUAUGGAUCAAAAAUCUCCAGGCAACAAAGGAUCGUUGGUUUAUGCAGGAAUUAAAUCAAUAGUAAAAUCAUCUUUGGGAAUGGUGGAAAGCAGCAGACAUAAUUGGAGUGGCUUGGAUAAACAAACUGAUAUUCAGAACUUAAACGAAGAGAGGAUUUUAGCAUUACAGCUUUGUGGGUGGGUAAAGAAAGGAACGGAUGUAGAUGUGGGACCAUUUUUGAACUCUCUUGUGCAAGAAGGAGAAUGGGAAAGAGCUGCUGCAGUGGCUUUGUUCAACUUGGAUAUUCGGCGAGCAAUCCAAAUCCUGAAUGAAGGGGCAUCUUCAGAAAAAGGAGAUCUGAAUCUCAAUGUGGUAGCAAUGGCUUUAUCAGGGUAUACGGAUGAGAAGAACUCUCUUUGGAGAGAGAUGUGCAGCACACUACGAUUGCAGCUCAACAACCCCUAUCUCUGUGUCAUGUUUGCAUUUCUGACCAGCGAAGCAGGAGCUUAUGAUGGAGUUUUGUAUGAAAACAAAGUUGCAGUACGUGACAGAGUGGCAUUUGCUUGUAAAUUCCUUGGUGAUGCUCAGUUAAAUAAAUACAUUGAAAAGCUGACCAAUGAGAUGAAAGAGGCUGGCAAUUUGGAAGGAAUCUUGCUUACAGGCCUCACUAAAGAUGGAGUGGACUUGAUGGAGAGCUACGUGGAUAGAACUGGAGAUGUCCAGACAGCAAGCUACUGCAUGUUACAGGGUUCACCUUUAGAUGUUCUUAAAGAUGAAAGGGUUCAAUAUUGGAUUGAGAAUUACAGAAACUUAUUAGAUGCUUGGAGGUUUUGGCAUAAACGAGCUGAAUUUGAUAUACAUAGGAGUAAAUUGGAUCCCAGUUCCAAGCCGUUAGCACAGGUGUUUGUGAGUUGUAAUUUUUGUGGCAAGUCAAUCUCCUACAGCUGCUCCUCAGUGCCUCACCAGGGCAGAGGCUUUAGUCAGUAUGGUGUGAGUGGCUCACCAACAAAAUCCAAAGUCACAAGCUGCCCUGGAUGUCGAAAACCCCUUCCUCGAUGUGCACUUUGCCUCAUUAAUAUGGGAACGCCUGUUUCUAGCUGUCCUGGUGGAUCCAAAUCAGAUGAAAAAGUGGACUUGAGCAAGGACAAAAAGUUAGCUCAGUUUAACAAUUGGUUUACCUGGUGUCACAAUUGUCGGCAUGGCGGGCAUGCUGGACAUAUGCUUAGUUGGUUCAGGGACCAUGCAGAGUGUCCUGUAUCUGCAUGCACGUGUAAAUGUAUGCAGUUGGAUACAACAGGGAAUCUGGUACCAGCAGAGACUGUUCAGCCAUGAAAUGCUACACCUAAAGAGAAACCUUCAAAUGAGGAGUUUUUAAUCGAUGUCCUUCAUAGUUCAGAAACAUACCUCAGAACAAGUCACUCAUGACUCUCCUAUAAUGGGAAAAUAAAUCAUUCUAUCAGAUCAGCAAUUUGAUGUUUGAGUGAUUUUGAUGUGCUUCUUAGAGGCAGAUGCUGCUGAAGAGAAUACCAGAGCAUGACUAUAAGUUCUGUUCAGUAGGUUAAAGUUCAUUUGAAAGACCUUUCUAGAGUUUUGUCAGAAAUAUGAAUGUACAUAGAAGGUUUUAGAAUAAAAACAUACCUGUGCCUGCCUCUUCAA